UGUCCUUCACAAAGUCAGUUUCUUUUCUAGGGUUUUGACAGAACCUCUCAUAUAAUAUUCUCCUUCACUGCAAUACAAAGUUUGAUUCUUCACAGAAGAAGAAAAAAUGGGAAAUGGGAAAUCAUGUUCACGUUCCUCUCUAGGGCUUCAAUUCCAUGCAAAGUAGUAGAAGGAGAAGGAAAAAAGGAAUGUGGAGACAGAGAGUGUUAGUGUCAUCUGGGGUGAGGCUGUAUUCAAGAGUUGCGCCUCAGGUUGUCAGAGUGACAGCCAAGAAUGUAGCCAAACUGGGUUCUCCAAAAGAGGGGCCAAAACCUCGUCAGCUGCUGUCCUUGCCCCCGUUUCCUGGUUUUCCUUUACCUGGAAAGAAGUCUCUUAAUGCUUGUCAUAUCACUGCUAUCAGCUGGGUCAAAUAUUAUUUCGAUGAAAUCCAAGAUUCUGUCAUUCAGUCUCAUUUUAACAAGUCCCUUGUUCAAAUAGAGUGCCCCAGUUCUAGUGACUCUGUUGAAAUGGAAGGGCUUGGAAAACCCAUGAGAAAGGUUUGUUUAAAUUUAGCUCGUGUGCAGAUUAAGCCAAGUGAUGUCAUGGAAGUUGGGGCGAGAAUUCAUAUUCCUGUAUCAGUUGCUGAGACUGCAAUUUCCAAGAGGUUUGAUACCAUACCAAGUGGAACUUUGUACCCAAAUGCUGAUGAGAUAGAGUAUUUGCAAAGGCUUGUCAAGUACAAGGACUCUGCUCUCCUUGUGCUAAAUAAGCCGCCAAAGGUUCCAGUCAAGGGAAACAUGCCAAUUCACAAUAGCAUGGAUGCAUUGGCAGCUGCAGCUUUGUCUUAUGGUUAUGAUGAGGGUCCUAAAUUGGUGCACCGACUUGACAGAGAGAGCAGUGGCCUCCUCUUAAUGGGUCGAACAAAAGAAAGUAUAGCUCAUCUCCAGUUGUUAUUUAGUUACAUAAAUAAAGCACAAUCCAAGUGUCAGGCGUGGAAUGAUGCAUGUGAGGCAACAUAUCAACGAUACUGGGCAUUGGUCAUAGGCUCUCCAAAGGACAAGGAAGGCUUAAUUAGUGCACGUCUUUCGAAGGUGCUUCUUGAUGAUGGGAAGACAGAGAGAGUUGUUUUGGCCCAGCAUUCAAGCUUGGAACCGUCCCGAGAGGCUGUAACUGAAUAUCGAGUCUUAGGUCCUACAAUAAAUGGAUGCUCAUGGAUCGAAUUGCGUCCACUUACUAGUCGAAAGCAUCAGCUCCGCGUCCAUUGUGCGGAAGCUCUCGGAACUCCAAUUGUUGGUGAUUAUAAGUAUGGGUGGUUUGUGCACCGGAGAUGGAAGCAAAUGCCUAGAAUUGAUAUUGAACCAUCUUCUGGGAAACCAUACAAGUUACGGUGGCCAGAAGGUGUGGAUAUUCAAAAGGGAAGUGUCCUGGCAAAAGUCCCCUUAUUGCAUCUCCAUUGCAGGGAACUCGUGCUCCCAAACAUUGCAAAAUUCCUUGAUGUUUUGGAUGGGAAAUCAGAAAAUGUGCAUCCUGCACUUGGCACUAGACCAGACCUUCUAAGGUUUGUGGCAUCGAUGCCUUCCCACAUGAAAAUUAGCUGGAAUCUGAUGUCCUCCUACUUGGUAUAACAAACAUUUCAGCUGAUUUCGUUAGUCAUGUAAACCUGAAAAAGCUCAGAAGCGUUGGAUAUUUUAACUACUCUAGCCAGCCAGACGCUCAAGUAAUUAAGCUGCUAUAUGUAGAGGAUAAAUUCUAUAAAUUAGGUCAUCAGUAGUGAAAGAUGGUUCCCAAAUUUCAUCCA